GACAGUCCCAUCUUAACCUUUCAGAUUUUGUACACUUCUCCUUUUUUUCUCUCUAUCUUUAAUUUCCUAAAUAAAUAACAGAUCAUGUAUAUCAUAUACUUUAUUAAAGAAAAGGAAUUAUAUAUUCACAGAGUAAAAUUUUUACAUCGUUAUCCAAUUAUAAUUUAAUAAAAAUUCUUUUUCUUCCUUUUUAUUUAUUUUAUUUUUAUUUUUCUCUUCCGUGUCUUCUGUAAAUCUUUGAUGAUCAUGUUCACUUUUCUUUCAGCCAAGUGAUUCUCUUCCCCCCGUGAUCUGCCUAUAAAUCCACCAAGCACACACUCAAAGGACACAGUCACAUUUAGAUAAAAAAAAAAAAAAAAAAAGAAAACCAAAAAAUAAUGUCAAUGGAAAUGAUGGCAACGGAACGUGUUUGUUAUGUUCACUGCAACUUCUGCAACACCAUUCUAGCGGUUAGUGUUCCAUACAGCAGUUUGCUAACCAUAGUGACGGUUAGAUGUGGACAUUGUGCCAAUUUGUUAUCAGUUAACAUGGGAGCUUCACUUCAAGCAUUUCCCCCUCAAGACCCUCAGUCACAGAAACAGCACCUAAGCUUUCAAGAACCAAGCAGCAAGGAACUGGGAUCAUCUUCAAAAUGUAGCAAAAUAGCGCCAUUUGAGGCAGUAGAGCAUGAACUACCUAGGAUUCCUCCCAUUCGUCCUACAGAGAAGAGACAUCGUGUUCCUUCUGCUUAUAAUCGCUUCAUUAAGGAGGAAAUUCAAAGGAUUAAGGCUAGUAAUCCAGAUAUCAGCCACAGGGAGGCUUUCAGCUCAGCAGCCAAAAACUGGGCACAUUUCCCUCACAUUCACUUUGGGUUAAAGAACUUAAAGCUGGAUGGCAACAAGCAAGAAAAGUUGGACCAGGGGGAAGGAGCUGAAAAGUCUAACGGAUUCUACUGAUAAUGGAAGCCUGUGAGUAUGAACUUGUUUUUUUCAUGCUUGACCUAAAUCAGUGAAAAAAUGAGGUUGAUCAAAUUUCCCAAUAUAUCGUACAACUGGAUGGGAGACUCCUGCAAAUUAACCUCAGCCUCUCACACCAAUGUUUAAUAGUACUACAUAUAUGUAUUGCCCUUUUCUAUAUAUCGUUGUUAUGAAAUGAUUGCUAUUCUUGUGAUUGCAUUUAUUGUGUUGAAUUUAGACACUUAAGUAAGCAACACGUUGCUCUAUAUAUCACAAUGAUGUCCCUUUAUAAUAA